CAAGAUCAACAUGGCUCACUGCAAGGGAACCGGACUUCUAUGGAUCCUCAUGGGCCGCUACAGGACUGUCACGUCCAGACCGAGCCAGGCCCGGACCCGACUGUGCCGGUAUGUGUCCUCCUCUCCCCCUCCUGGCUCCUGGAGCUCACACCUGUCCCGACUGCCCCAUCGGGACCUGUACCUGCUCUCAGUCAGGGACGCGGACCGGUUCUGGGGCUCCGCAGCCACCGACAGACUCAAAUGGAUCGAACCGUUCCAGCGUGUCCAGGACUGCGAUCUGAGCCGAGGCCAGAUCCGCUGGUUCCUGGGAGGGAAGCUGAACGUGUCCGUGAACUGCCUGGACGUCCAUGUGGACGCUCAUCCGGACCGGGUGGCUCUAAUCUGGGAGCGGGACGAGCCUGGCACUGAGGUGAAGGUCUCCUACAGGGAGCUUCUGGAGACAACCUGCCGCCUCGCCAACACUCUGAAAACUUAUGGGAUCCAGAAAGGCGACAGAGUGGCCAUCUACAUGCCUGUUUCGCCUCUGGCUGUAGCUGCCAUGUUGGCGUGUGCUCGGAUCGGUGCGGUGCACACGGUGGUGUUUGCCGGCUUCAGCUCCGAGGCAUUAGCAGGAAGGAUUCAGGAUGCUCAGUGCAGAGCAGUGAUCACCUGUAACCAAGGUGUGAGGGGAGGCCGAUUCAUCGAACUCAAGGCCACUGUGGACACUGCAGUGAAAAGCUGUCCAUCUGUCCAAAAUGUCUUCGUCUCUCAAAGGACUGAACACCCUGCAGUGAUGGGAAAGCUGGACAUCCCACUAGAAGAGGUGAUGUCCUCUCAGCCUGGGGUCUGUCCAGCAGAACCUCUGGACAGCGAGGACCUUCUCUUCCUGCUCUACACAUCAGGCAGCACUGGAAAACCUAAAGGCAUCGUCCACACUCAGGCUGGAUACCUGCUCUAUGCCUCCAUCACUCACCAGUUUGUGUUUGACUACCGAGAAGGUGACGUUUUCGGCUGCAUGGCGGACAUCGGCUGGAUCACAGGACACAGCUACGUGGUCUACGGCCCGCUGUGUAACGGCGCCACCACUGUCCUGUUCGAGAGCACACCUCUGUACCCAGAUCCAGGCAGGUACUGGGAGACGGUGGAGCGACUGAGGAUCAACCAGUUCUACGGUGCGCCAACGGCCCUGCGGCUGCUGCUGAAGUACAACGACAGCUGGGUGAGGAAGUACGACCGAUCAUCUCUGAGGACGCUGGGAUCAGUGGGGGAACCCAUCAACCACGAGGCUUGGCACUGGUUCCACAGCGUGGUUGGAGAGGGGCGCUGCCCCCUGGUGGAUACCUGGUGGCAGACAGAGACUGGAGGAGUCUGCAUCGCCCCCCAUCCUGCAGACCAUGGAGCCCCUAUCAUUCCGGCCAUGGCCAUGAGGCCGUUCUUCGGCAUCCAGCCGGUUCUGAUGGGAGAGAAGGGUGAAGCUUUAAGUGGGAACUCCGUCAGCGGAUCUCUGUGCCUCAGUAAACCAUGGCCUGGAAUGGCUCGGAGCAUCUAUGGAGACCACCAGAGGUUCAUCAACUCAUACUUCAGACCCUAUCCUGGUCACUACUUCACCGGAGACGGAGCCUUUCGAUCAGAGGACGGAUACUACCAGAUAACGGGCCGCAUAGACGACGUCAUCAAUGUCAGUGGCCACCGGCUCGGGACAGCUGAGAUCGAGGACGCUCUGGACGAGCAUCCAGCUGUUCCAGAAUCUGCUGUGAUUGGAACUCCUCAUGAGAUCAAAGGAGAAGUCCCGUUUGCCUUCGUGGUUCUGAAGGAGGAUCUGAUUGAUGACCUCCCCUCUGUUAUACAGCAGCUCAGAGAACUCGUCUCUACAAAGAUUGCCAAAUACGCCGUCCCUGAACACCUCCUGGUGGUGAAACGGCUACCCAAGACCCGAUCUGGAAAGAUCAUGAGACGGAUCCUCCAGAAGGUUGCCAUGGAGGCAGGGGAUGAGCUUGGCGAUGUAUCGACACUGGACGAUCCCUCCGUCAUCAAAGAAAUUGUCGAGGUCUACAAGCAGUACAGGAAGCAGAGACAAGAGGAGAAGAAGUAGUAAUUAGACAGAUGGGAGCUGACAAAUUAAAUCCCAACAAUUAAUGACAUUAGAUUUAAUAUUAUAAACUGCCUCUGAUCAGCUUCAUUAAAAAUUCAUGAAUUUAUUUAAUAUAAUCAGCUGAUUUUACUGAUUCCAUUCGAAUUAAGGACAAUCUGAUGUUCCAGAUUUAAUUAAAGGUUAAUACUAACGAA